AUGGUCAGUCGGAUAUUGCGCCCCGUCACCGGGAGCACCGUCCUCCUCUUUGGGCCGCAGGCGCUUUCGUUUACCAAAGAGGACUUCGACCAAAUUCGCACCACCGUCUUGGAGACCCAGGGCUUCAGCUGGAUUGUUGAUGCCGUUGCUGGUCUUCCCGAACACUGGAAAGCGCUGGCAGAGAGGAUCCCGAAGCUGCAGUCCAUCCUCGGUGAACAGCUCCUUGAGAACUUGAAGGACUGGUUCACGACUGGCCAGGUCAAUGAGGCCGAUUUUCAUCUUCCCAACAUCCUCCUCAGCCCCCUUGUCGUCAUCACACAGUUGGCACAGUACUGCCAAUAUCUCGAACUCUCGCAGGCGGAUGACCAAUCCGAUGCUCAUGCCAUCCAGAACGAUAAUAUAGAGGCCCUAGGGUUCUGUACCGGCCUUCUCAGUGCUGUCGCAGUGGCCUGCAGCACAAACAGACGACAGUUUCAGGAGUACGGUGCGGUAGCCAUCCGUCUGGCAAUGCUCGUUGGAGCAGCCGCCGACGCAGAAGAUGCAUUGAGCGAUUAUGGAGCAUCGAAAUCAAUGGCAAUUGCGUGGAACGCCCCGGAGGCUGGAGCGGAGCUCAGCCGGGUCCUACAGGACUUUCCAGAGGCAUAUGUGUCCGUGUGGUACGAUGCAAACCGUGCCACAGUAACGACCGCUGCGAAGACUGUCCCUGCAUUGCAGCAGAAACUCCGUUCAGCUGGCAUCAUCGCUACGGAGGUUGGGCUCAGGGGCCGCUUCCACUGUGACUGCUACGGCAAUGACAUCGAUUCUAUGAUAGACUUCUGCGACUCGCAUCCAGCCUUCCAGUUCCCGGACGCCUCAGAACUGGUGCUGCAGACGCGAUCAAACGCUGGAGGCGAUUUAAUCACCAAGGGCAACUUGCAUCAGCACGCCCUGCGUCUGAUCCUGUUGGAGCGAUCACAGUGGUACCAGACAUUUUCAACUAUGCAUGCUGCAAGAUUGCAGCACAAGGAUUCUGUGCUGGUCUCUUUCGGCCCAGAGAGGUGUAUCCCUCCUUCACUUCUGCGAGGACUCAGCGCACAGGUUGUCAAUAUGGCGGACCUCGCGGUACGCAACAUGCGUGUCCCCGGAGCUACAUCUGCUUUGAAAUACGCCCAUGCGGUCGACGAAAACGACAUCGCCGUCAUUGGCAUGUCGUGUAAGGUGGCCGGUGCAGAUGACCUCGAAGGGUUCUGGGACUUGCUCUGCAGGGGGGAGUCACAGCACCAGGAAGUACCCAAGGAACGCUUUACCUUCGACACAAUAUUCCGCGAGCUCGAUACGAAACGGAAGUGGUUUGGAAACUUUAUCCGAGACCACGAUGCCUUUGAUCACAAGUUCUUCAAGAAGAGCCCGCGAGAGAUUGCCUCGACGGAUCCUCAGCAGCGCCACAUGCUGCAAAUCGCCUAUCAGGCUGUCGAACAGUCGGGAUAUUUCUGCAACCCCAGCGUUGACAAGCAGAUUGGGUGCUAUAUUGGCGUUUGCGCUGCGGACUAUGAGAACAACAUUGCCUGCCAUGCUCCGAAUGCCUUCUCGGCCACUGGCAACCUGAAGAGCUUCAUUGCAGGAAAGAUCAGCCACUACUUCGGCUGGACCGGUCCUGGCCUGACCAUCGACACUGCAUGCUCCUCGUCCGCUGUAGCAGUUCAUCAGGCCUGCAAAGCUAUCCUCAGCGGCGAGUGUACCGCUGCCCUGGCCGGUGGUACGAAUGUAAUGACGAAUCCUCUCUGGUUCCAGAACUUGGCAGGGGCGUCCUUCCUGAGUCCAACGGGCCAAUGCAAGCCAUUCGACGCUCAUGCAGAUGGCUAUUGUCGCGGUGAAGGCAUUGCUGCUGUCUUCUUGAAGAAGCUCAGCACUGCAAUUGAGGACGGCGACCAGAUCCUGGGGACCAUUGCGAGCACCGCUGUCUAUCAAAACCAGAACUGCACCCCAAUCUUCGUGCCAAACUCGCCCUCCCUUUCAGAGCUCUUCAAGGACGUUACCAGGGAGGCCCAUCUGGUGCCUAAACAGAUUACUGUCGUUGAAGCUCACGGCACUGGCACUCCUGUGGGAGACCCAGCAGAAUAUGAGAGUAUCCUGAGAGUACUUGGGGGCCCCAAUCGCUCAACACCACUGCACUUUGGCUCUGUCAAGGGCCUCAUCGGACAUACCGAGUGUACGUCAGGGGUCAUUUCCCUCAUCAAGGUGCUCCUCAUGAUUAAUGAAGGUUACAUCCCACCCCAGGCAAGCUUUACCACCAUGAAUCCAUCCAUAAAAGCCUUGCCAGAACAUAACAUGAAGAUUGCCACCAAGCUGACGCCCUGGAACGAGGACUUCCGCGCGGCCCUCAUCAAUAAUUAUGGCGCCUCCGGUUCCAACGCCUCCCUCAUAGUCACCCAGGCUCCCAGCGCGAGGGAUCCGGCCACUAUCCAGGUUCUAGAAGGCGCCAGAUAUCCAUUCUGGUUUCCUGGGCCGGAUGACCGCAGUCUUCGCUCCUAUGCGUCCCGGUUCCUACGCUUCAUCCAGUCCAAGACAGUCUCGGCGAAGAACUUUUCCCCGCGGAAUUUGGCAUUCAAUCUCUCUCGGCAGUCAAAUCGCACGUUCGGCCGUGCCGCAAUCUUUAACUGCGCGUCCAUGGGCGAGCUGGAACAGAAGUUGACGGCGCUGGGAAAUGGAAACUCCAGUGUGGCUCCCACCGUGCGUCCGGCUACUCGACCAGUUGUGCUGUGCUUCGGUGGUCAGAUCUCCACAUUUGUAGGCUUGGAUCGACAGCUCUAUGACAACGUUGUCAUUCUUCGCAGCUAUUUGGAUCGAUGUGAUGCAGUCUGCCGUGCCCUCAAAGCCGGCAGCAUCUACCCAGCUAUAUUCGAACGUAACCCAAUCUCCGACCCUGUGAAGCUUCAGACUUCCUUGUUUGCCAUUCAGUACUCCUGUGCCAAGAGCUGGAUUGACUGUGGUGUACAGCCUGUAGCGCUCGUCGGCCACAGCUUUGGUGAGCUCACAGCCGUCUGCAUCUCUGGAAUCCUCGGCCUUGAAGAUGCCCUGAAGAUGAUCAUCGGUCGAGCUAGUCUUAUACGGGAUUCUUGGGGUGCUGAAAAGGGAUCCAUGAUGGCUGUUGAGGCGGAUCUUCCUGUCGUUGAAAAGUUACUGGGUGAAUCCGAGAAGCUGUGCAAGGACGACAAGCCCGCGACAAUUGCCUGCUUCAAUGGACCUCGUAGCUUCACGCUGGCCGGCUCCAGUCUCGCGAUUGAUGCUGUGCUGCAGACAGUGUCUGGCAAUUCCUCAUUCUCCUCAGUGCGCACUAAGAAGCUGAACGUUACCAACGCCUUCCAUUCCACUCUGGUUGAGCCCUUGGUUGUCGACUUAGAGAGGACAGCUACCGGUUUGAAAUUUGGAGAGUCCAUUAUCCAUCUGGAGAGGGCCACAGAGAGCCAUUCUGACGAGAAAUUAACGCCAAAAUAUGUAGCUAGCCAUAUGCGCGAUCCUGUCUAUUUCAAUCACGCCGUGCAAAGACUGGCAAAACAACACCCAUCCUGCAUCUGGCUUGAAGCCGGGUGCAACUCCACCAUUAUCAACAUGCUCGGCAGGGCGCUUGGAGCCUCUGCUGACCAUCACUUCCAGCCCGUCAAUCUCUCCAGUGAUCAUGGCCUGGAUUCUCUGUCUGAUACAACUGUCAGUCUAUGGAGAGCCGGUCUCAAUGUGUCCUUCUGGCCUCAUCACUCCUCACAGACCUAUGAAUACGCCAAUCUUCUCCUGCCGCCAUAUCAAUUUGAAAAGGCAAGACACUGGGUUGAGCUCAAGCCACCACCAAAGUUGACUGCGGAGCCUGUGACACAGCCGGCCUCGCCGGUUGAGGAGCUUCCAAAGGGCCUCUUGACCUUUGUCGGUUACCAGGAUAAAGACCAGCGAACUGCACGGUUCCGGAUCAACACCAUGGUUCCCAAAUACGAAGAACUCGUCUCAGGCCACCUCAUCGCCCAGACGGCACCGAUCUGCCCUGCGACGCUGGAGGUUGAUCUGGCCAUUGAGGCCCUGUAUAGUCUGCGUCCGGAUCUGGUGAAGUCGACUCUCCAACCGCAGAUUCAUCACGUCGAUAACCAGGCACCGAUAUGCGUCAACCCCGAGCGGAUGGUCUGGCUGCAGUUGGAAGCGUUCGACGCAGAGCGUCAUUCCUGGAAUUGGAAGAUCGAAAGUACCGGAUCACAAAAAGCGUCGGCAACUACCCUGCAUGUUACAGGCAAAGUUUUCUUCCGGUCAGUCGACGAUUUGCAGUUCCAGCUCGACUUCGCCCGGUACGAGCGUCUGGUGGGCUAUCAACGCUGCUUGGGCAUUCUGAACUGUCUGGAUGCGGACGAUAUUAUCCAAGGCCGAAACAUCUACAAAACCUUCGCUGAGAUCGUAGACUACGGGGAGAUGUAUCGUGGUUUGCAGAAACUCGUCGGACAAGGGAACGAGUCAGCUGGGCGGAUCGUCAAGAAGUAUUCUGGGGAAACUUGGCUGGACACUCACUUGUCAGACUGCUUCAGCCAGGUAGGUGGGAUCUGGGUCAACUGUAUGACAGACCGCGCUCCAACCGACAUGUAUAUCGCCAAUGGAUUCGAGCAGUGGCUGCGUUCACCUAAAAUCAGCUGUGACUAUGAACGGCCGGAGAUCUGGGACGUAUAUGCAUACCAUCAUCGGUCCUCGGACAAGGCAUAUCUCACCGAUAUCUUCAUUUUCGACUCCACUAAUGGCCUCUUGACCGAAGUCAUUCUGGGCAUCAAUUACGCCAAGGUGCCCAAAAUGUCCAUGAGCAAGCUGCUCUCCCGGCUGACCGCAGAUGGAGCCAGGCAAUCUCAUCAUGCUGCCCCGGUCUCUGCCCCAGCUAAACUGGCAGCGCCUGCUGCUGUUCCGGGUCCCGUUUCGGCUGUUAAGGUUAAGAAGGCCUCCAAGCCUAAGAAAAAGCAGUUUUCUGCGCCCGAUAUCAGUGGCAAAGUGCGUGCAAUGCUGGCAGAGCUUGCCGGUCUCGAACCUGAGGAGAUCAAAGACGAUACGGAACUAGCUAAUAUCGGCAUUGACUCGCUCAUGGGCAUGGAGCUGGCGCGGGAAAUCGAGGGUAUAUUCAAGUGCUCGCUGCCUACGGACGAAUUGGUCGAAGUGACUAACUUCCAGGGUCUCCUGCGCUGUAUUCAGGAGGCUCUGGGGCCCAGCGAAGGAGUAGAAGAAGAGACAGAUAACGAGGAAGGCGAGGAUGGAGAGUCGUCGGAGAAUCCGAGUGUUUUCACUCCCUCUGACGCUGCAACCAGUGUCUCCUCCGCCAAAGCGGAUGUCGCCGAGUUCCUGGCUGAGUUUCUUGGAAUUGAGGAAAGUGAUAUCGCCCCAGCGACUCUCCUCCGUGAUCUUGGGGUUGAUUCUUUGCUGUCGACUGAGCUGAGGUCGGAAAUCGCCUCCAAGUUCGACGUCCACAUCGACGAAGAAGUUGUCCUCGAGGAAUUGAGCGUUGGGGAAUUCGAUGUCAAAGUUAACGGGAAAUCGGAGGGAACUCCCAGGUCUUCAGCUGCCUCUACCAUGCCUGCAAAGAUAAUAGAGGGAUCAGUCAAGGUGAAUGCUUCCCAUCCUACCGUCAACAGCACUCUGCAUACCUCUUCGAACGGCGAAUUGAGUCUUCCUGUCUCCACGGUCUUGGAGGCAUUUGGGGAGACAAAAGCCCUCACAGACCAGUUCAUCUCUGAUUAUCACUGUGCCAACUACAUGGACACCAUCUUGCCAAAGCAGGACCAGUUGUGUGUGGCUCUCGUCAUCGAAGCCUUUGAGCAAUUGGGCUGUUCGCUGCGCAACGCGAAGUCCGGGCAGACCUUGGAGCGUAUCAAGUACCUCCCCCAGCAUGAACGAUUAGUAGAGUAUCUCUACAUGAUGCUGGAGAAAGGAGCCCGCUUGGUUGAUAUGGACGAUGACCGCAUCACCCGGACUGCUGUUACUGUGCCCUCCAAAUCGAGCUCAGAGAUCUGCCAGGAGCUCAUGCGCGACUACCCAGGCCACAACUUCGCCAACCAGUUAACCCAGUUCUGCGGUACUCGACUGGCAGACGUUCUGACUGGCAAGCUGGACGGCAUCAAACUGAUCUUCGGAUCGGAGGAAGGUCGAACGCUGGUCUCAGGCCUCUACGGAGACUCCCUGCUCAACAAGCUCGCAUACAAACAGAUGGAGGACUUUCUCAAGCGCCUAAUCUCCAAGCUCCCCAUGCACGAAGGUCCACUAAAGAUCCUCGAGAUGGGUGCUGGCACGGGAGGGACAACGAAGUGGAUUGUGCCCAUGUUGGCCAGCCUGAACGUGCCGAUUGAGUAUACUUUCACCGACCUGGCACCCUCAUUCGUGGCGGCAGCGCGCAAGAAGUUCAAGCAGUACCCCUUCAUGAAAUUCCGCGUCCAUGACAUUGAGAAGGCGCCCGCGGAUGAUCUCGUCGGCACCCAGCAUAUCAUCCUCGCCAGUAAUGCGGUUCAUGCUACCCACAGCUUGACGGUGUCCACCAGCCACAUCCACAAGGCCCUGCGUCAGGAUGGAUUCCUCAUGAUGCUCGAGAUGACGGAGACGGUCUACUGGAUCGAUAUCAUCUUCGGCCUGCUGGAAGGCUGGUGGCUCUUCGAUGACGGUCGACGCCAUGCCAUCUCCCAUCAGUCCCGGUGGGAACGCGACCUGAACACCGCCGGCUUUGGCCAUGUCGACUGGACCGAUGGGCAUCGCUCAGAAGUGAACAUCCAGCGCAUUUUCCUUGCGCUGGCAUCCGGCCAGAGGUAUGAGCGUCAACCAGUAACCCCAUCGUCUGCUGCGAAGGCCCCUUUGACUGACUUCGCGGCUCGUCAAGCGGCCGUUCUUAAGUACGUCCGGAACAGCACCCAAGGCUUCGUCGCUCCAACCACCUCCUCAACCUCCCAGCCCGAGCCCUCUCCUCCCGGAAAAUGCGUUCUGGUUACCGGGGCCACUGGCAGUCUCGGCUCUCACCUGGUUUCCCAUUUUGCUCAACUGAACGACGUUACCUCUGUCGUCUGCAUCAACAGGGUCAGUCGGGAGGAUCCGACGCGCCGUCAGCAGCAAUCCAUGGAGUCCAAGGGGAUCUCUCUCAGUCAUACCGCGCUGUCCAAACUCAUCAUCCUCGAGACGGACACAUCCAAGCCCAUGCUCGGUCUACCAGCGGAGCAGUAUCGGCAUCUCGUCAACAACGUGACACACGUUCUGCACAAUGCCUGGCCUAUGAGCGGCAAACGCCCAGUCAAGGGUUUCGAACUCCAAUUCCAAGUCAUGAAGAACCUUAUCACCUUGGCCUGGGAUAUCUCCUGCCGUCGCGGCCCCGAUUUUAAAGUCCGAUUCCAGCUCAUCUCCUCCAUCUCCGUGGUUGGCUACUACCCUCUGCGAACCGGCAACCGGCACGUCCCUGAGGAGCGUGUAUGCAUCGAAGACCUCCUACCGAACGGGUACAGUGAUGCCAAGUACGUCUGUGAGCUGAUGCUUGAUGAGACGCUCCAUCAGUAUCCUGACCGAUUUUCUCCCAUGGCUGUACGUCUGGGACAAGUCGCCGGCUCCAAGACAAGCGGAUACUGGAACCCCAUGGAACAUCUCUCGUUCCUGGUGAAAUCGUCCCAGACUCUUAAAGCACUCCCUGACUUUGAAGGCGAGCUAUCCUGGACCCCGGUCAACGAUGUCGCUGGCACGCUCGCAGACCUUCUCCUCGCGGACAACACCCCGUAUCCAAUCUACCACAUCGACAACCCCGUGCGGCAGCCAUGGCGGGAAAUGAUCCCUAUCCUCGCCGACGGGCUCGAUAUCCCCAAGGGAAACGUGAUCCCUUUCCCUGAAUGGGUGCAACGAGUACGCCGGUUCCCAGGAUCGGUUGAACUGGAUAAUCCCGCGGCGAAGUUGAUCGAUUUCUUGGAUGAUAACUUCUUGCGUAUGUCCUGCGGUGGGCUGCUGCUGGAUACCACCAAGAGCAGGGAACACUCGCCAACUCUGGCUGACGUGGGCCCAGUCAGUGCAGAGGUGGUGCGUAAAUAUAUACAGGCCUGGAAGGAGAUGGGUUUCCUGCACUGA